UCAAAAUGUCUUGAGAGAGAGGGAGGAGAGACGAAGAAGAACAAAACCAAGCGAGCCUUAGCCACCUCCCACCUCUCCUCACCUCCUUUACGCCAUAGUCUUCCUCUUCACUUUCUUUCUGAUUGAACCCUCUCUUUCCUUCUUCGCGCUUUCUCUCUCUGUUUAGGGAUCAAAGUGCUCUGAGAAAAGAAGGGAUUUUUUUUGGGUAGCGACUCUCGGCUUAACUUCGGUGUGCAAUUUUUAGCUGAUUUGGCUUGCAUGUUUUUGAAUAUUCACGUGUUUUGGGGUUUUUUUGCUGAGGUUUUGGAUCUGAAAGUUGGAGAAUUUCAGUGGAUUUUUCAAGUUUGUGGGAUUAUUGAAGGAGGGGAAUUUCUCAGUGGAUUAAGUUUGCUUGUGGUAUUUUCUUUUUAACUAAGAAAUUGAAAUUUUGGUGGUAGUUUUAGAAAUUUGGGAAUUUGAAUUUGAUGGGUGAAGGUGAGGGAAGCGAAUUCCCUCCAAAAAAGAUGGCCCAAUCGGACAUACAGGGGAGCUCGGAUUUUCCUGCGAAGAAGCUAGCGAGGCAGCUGGAUUUCACACAGGGAAAUGUUGUCCUCCCAGACCAUCCUCAUUCGCAGCAGCAGCAGCCUGCGACACUGCCACUGCCGCAGCAGCAGCAGCCGCAGGCAGUAGCGAUGCCGGCAGCGCCGCCAUCACAGCAGCUUCCGCCAACCAGGAUUAUAAAGCCAGAAUCCCCAAAAUCAAAACCAAGACCGAAUACUGAAUUAAAAGACGGUACUCCAAAGAGGCAAAAACAGUGCAACUGCAAACACUCACGCUGCUUGAAGCUGUACUGUGAAUGCUUUGCAUCUGGAACAUAUUGUGAUGGGUGCAAUUGUGUAAAUUGUUAUAACAAUGUUGAAAAUGAAGCUGCUAGGCGAGAAGCUGUUGAAGCCACUUUAGAGCGGAAUCCAAAUGCAUUCAGGCCAAAAAUUGCUAGCAGUCCGCAUGGAACACGAGAUAGUCGGGAGGAGAAUGGAGAAGGAUUAGUGUUGGGAAAGCACAACAAGGGAUGCCACUGCAAGAAAUCUGGAUGCCUUAAGAAGUACUGUGAAUGUUUCCAAGCUAACAUUCUUUGUUCUGAAAAUUGCAAAUGCAUUGACUGUAAGAAUUUUGAAGGAAGUGAAGAGAGGCAGGCUCUCUUUCAUGGAGACCAUGCUAACAAUAUAGCAUACAUCCAACAAGCUGCUAAUGCUGCAAUAACUGGGGCUAUUGGAUCUUCUGGUUAUGCAUCACCUCCAGCAUCCAAGAAGAGAAAAGGUCAGGAACUUUUAUUUGGGCCAACAGCCAAGGAUCAAUCCUUUCACAGGCUUGGACAUUUUCAACAGGGAGUCCAUAUCAGGCCUUCUGCACCUUCAACUUCCUUGUCCACCAAUCCAGUUGCUCGUGCUGCUAGCACUGCGACUCUGGGCCCUUCAAAAUUCACAUACAGGUCACUCUUGGCAGACAUUAUCCAACCACAGGAUUUAAAAGAACUUUGCUCUGUUUUGGUGGUUGUUUCAGGUGAAGCCGCAAAGACCCUUGCAGACCAAAGAAAUGCAACAGAAAAGCGGGUAGGGGAUCAGGCAGAAACUUCCAUUGCCUUCUCUACUCAAGAAAGGUUGCAGAGUCAGAAGGAGACUGAUGUUGAGAAAAUUAUUGCCUAUGAUUGUUCCAGUGCAAACCAGGUUGAUAAAGUUAGCCCUAAUGAUUCUAGCUCAGAUGGUGCUGACAUGCCAAAAGGAAGGCCAAUGUCUCCUGGAACUUUGGCAUUGAUGUGUGAUGAACAAGAUACGAUGUUUAUGGCAGCUGCUUCUCCCAUUGGGUUAACGGGCCAUGGAUGCAGCGCUACCUCACAGUUGCCUUGUGGACAGGGCAUGACAGAGAUUUAUGCAGAGCAGGAAAGGGUUGUUCUAACAAAGUUUCGGGAUUGCCUUAAUAGGCUCAUAACAUUUGGAGAAAUAAAAGAAACCAAGUGUUCAUCAUUAGCAAGAACUGAACUGGGGAAUCAAAGAGAUCAAUUAAGCAAUGGCACAAUGAAUUCCAGAGCUGAAUUGGGAAAUCAACAAGGACCUUAUAGCAAUGGUGUUUCCAAACAUUUUAUUCCACCUACGUCCAAGACAGCGCCAAUAGUUACUUCUAUGGUUGCCACCUCCAGUAACGAUCUUCCAAAAGUUCCAGCCCUCCCACAAAAUGAGGACAACAAACCAAUGACUUGAAAAGAGAUUGUAAAGAGAUUUUAUCUCUAAAGGCUGGCCCAAGCCCCAAGGUAUGCUUAUGAAAGAUCAAUGAUAAUUCUGGCUUUGUCCUUAAUGCAAUCCUAAGGUGGCACUGGGCCCCAUUGUUGGCACUGACUAGGAUCUGAUUUAUUCCUCAUGUCAUCAAUAUAUUUACGCAUCAGUCUUUCUGCUUCAGCCACAAAUCAAGUCAAAAUGGUGUAUUGCAGAGCCUUGCAAUUGCACAGGAUAUCAUUUAUGUUAUAACAUGGCAAUGACCAUCAUAGAUUGUAUCUUUAGAUGCUAGGAAUUUUCUUGUUCUCUACACGCUAUUAAAAACAAAGAGCAAUUUUAUGAUUUUUCAUCGAAUAUGAAACUCAGAGUUGAUCCUUGAGUAACCAGCCUAGGUUUUUUAGGUCUGUUGUGCUCCUCAUCACAUCCCCAUAAUACUUUGCCUAGCAGACCUGAUGCCACAUCAGCUGCUUGGGACUUUUCAUGGCAAAGUUCUUAGAUAUAUAGCUAAACUUCUUUAAAUGUAUAUACUUGUGGCAGGAAAAAAUAUUUAUGCUCCUUCUUGGAGGACAUUUUAUUGCUAA